AUGUCGGUGAUGACGGGGGAUCAGCAAGCUCUCGGCUACUCCGCCAUGCAUCCUCAGUAUAAUCCCCUAGUUCACGGCAUGAAUGGCGACUACAGUUCAGCCUAUGAGGCAUAUUCUGCGGCGGUGGCGGCCGCAGCCGUAGUCGCCGCAGCCAGUGGACAGAACCAGCAGGAAUACGGUUGUAAUGGUUCCGUAGGCCGAUCCCCCGACUCGGAGACCCUUCAGGUCGAGCGUCUCUACGAAGGGGCGGCGCGCGUUAUCCACAGUCCGAACACCACCGCCACCUACUCCGGUUCUGCAAUGGAGCCGGUGAAGGAGACGCUGUUGGGCCAAGGAUAUCCCUUACAACAGGCCAGCCUUGCUCCUCUCUCUUCUAAGGCUGAACUCAGUGUGGGAGCCUUCAGUGACUAUCAGAGCAUGAUCACCCACCAUGGACAGAAACCAGAGGGUCUAGAGUACCGAAAGCUGGAAGCUGAAAGAGAGUUGGUGUCCAAGCUAGGUAUUGCCGGCGGCGGUCAAUUCCAGUCCUUGCGUCUCUCCAGUGCCUCCCCUUCGGCUUCGGCCACUCUCUCUGCUUCAGUCACGGCGGCUGUCGCUGAUCAAGCGAUUGAUGCGGAGAGCGAGGCUCUGCGAUUAUUUAAGGUAAAUGGAAGAUCAUCGCAGCCCUGGUUUUCAAAUCUUGGCUCGUUUGCCUCAAACUCGGGACACGGAGAGAACGAACAGGGGCUUUAUUCUCACUUUCCUGCCUCAACGUCCGAUAGCACUCCAAGAGAUGCGUCCUGGUAAGCUGUACUUCCUUUCCCUUACUCUAAAUUAAUCAUACAAACUAUUCCACCAUGAUCGUCACUGGGAUUAAACUGCGAAAGAUAAUUUGACUGCGGAUGCAUUAGAACGUUCUGGACAUUUUCAGUAUGUUCCUGGAGAGGAACUGAAAAAAGGAAACUAUAAACAACAACAUGUGUGCUUCCUUGACCAUGAAGAAAUGGCUGCAUGGAGUUUUUGUUCAGUAUUAGGAUAGCAUUCGAGAAUACUUCCUGUAUUGCAUCGUGUUCAUAGGAUCGAGAAAACCCCUAUUUAGCCAGUUGUUGUUGAACAGAGUAUAAUACUUAGUUAAGAAUUUACUCAAGUGAGGCCAGAUGCAUUUACUUAGAGGUAUAACACGGUAAUUUACAAACUAGUAUGAAUGCUUGAGAAGGAUAUACGAUCAGGAUGCGUGGGCCGAUAGAACUCGUACCAUGAGCAUAUGUAAUAGAACAAAAAUUUUUACCUGGCAGAAGCUUAUCCAUGGUCACAUUCCGCAGCAUCCCAACUGACAAAUUUCAGUUUGGUUAGGCAAGAACGACGAAGAUUAGGGAGACCGGAAUGGUCAUUUCUAGCUGACAGGUCGAAUCCAGUCGGCCACACCCAAACCCCGGACUUCCGGAGGCCUCCGAUUUCAACUCAGACAAACUUUUACUUGAACACUCUAAGUUGAAUGCCCUGUCAGCCGAGUCACUGAGACCACACCGCGUCAGCUGCGAUCGCGAUUACCCGAAAUCACGUGGAUUACGCACUUCACUGUUAUGCGGAAGGAAUCUAACAUGCCUGGGACUUGAAAGCAUGUCUGAUGUGCAUGACAUCUGGAGAUGCAAGUCUGACAUUUUUUGUUCCAUUUUUAUGCUGAGCAGACAUAUUAUGCGGCUCCGAGCAUGUUUUCCUUUGUCCACUACUGGGACAGGAAAUCUGUAUUGAAAAGAGCACGGAUUGCUUUCAUGUUCGCUCCCGGCAGAACACGGGAACAGGAACGUCCCGCAAUACAGGCGGCCCUGCGCUAAAUUCCAGCGAAAUUAUUACUAGGGUUGAAGUUAUGGCUAGGAUCAGGGCUAAGUUGAAGGUUAGGGUCACGAUCAGGGUUUCGCUUUGGGUUUGGAUCAAUGUUAGGGUUAGGACACGGAAACAGGUAGUUGCCUAGAAUUUAGUGCAAGAUCCCCUGUAUUCCGGGGGGUGUUCCCAUUUUCGUGGCCUUCCGGGGGCACGUAAGAUAUCCUCACCAUGAAAAAAGUUUAUUUAAAAAAGAAAAUAGGGCCUGCUAUGCGUGACGAAUUGCGUUCAUCAGCCAGCUAUGAUUCUGUUAUCUGCUUCUUACAGUCGAUUCCAUCUCAUCUAACUUUCAGUUACUUUCCCGAGCUGUCAAACCACAAUAUCUACAGUGACAGCCUGCUUCCCUGGAGCCAUUUUGAGAACCGGGUAAGUACAAUCAUAAUUUCGGGGUUAAAGAUAGGUGUUUCGCUGUUUCAAGAUUACGAGUCAUUCCAAUGGAUGAUAUUUUUGGAGAUUAGGCUCCUCAUGCGCAAGUAAGAUGGUAGUAAAUCAUAUUAGAGAUUGAAUAUGGCACCAAGCAAAUUCGACACUUUAGAAUACGAAUACAGACCUCAAACCUCAUUUUUAGAAAGUUUACGUAAUUUUUGACCGAAACCGGUCGUUUUCUCAUUUGCUACAGAGCAGUCCAAGCCAGAAAACACAAUCAGCUUGUAUCCAGUUAUAAAUGAAUUGGUUUUUAAAGGCGUGUUUUAAAUGUACUCUGUUUCUUUUACUUGCAUAACAGCAGACCAUCUGCAUCGACGACGGAAGUUUAUGCGAUACAGCCAGAUACCAGCUGGGCUUCACAGCAACCACGUAG